GAGAAGCAGUGCGAGGGAGAAGAAGGGAAAGGAAGCAUAUAAAUUUGCAGUUCCCGGGUUCAACGCCCUCAUUUCACCGUUUCGCGUGUUAUUUUUUUCUUUCUUUCCAUAAAUUGUAGAUUCCUCAAACUCAAUUUCCACGCCGAUAUUCUUCCCUCUGCCCUCUGAUCUGACGAAGAACCGUCCAAAAAUGGAGUCUUGUCGUGGAUUUAGAAUGUGGGCAUUCGUUUUUAUGUGUUUAAUGUUUCAAUCGGGAAAUGGGUUUUACCUCCCGGGUAGUUACCCUCACAAGUAUGGCAUUGGGGAUGAGUUGUGGGUGAAGGUGAAUUCUCUCACUUCAAUUGACACAGAAAUGCCGUUCAGUUAUUACAGUCUACCUUUCUGUAAGCCUGAAGGUGGUGUUAAGGACAGUGCUGAGAAUCUGGGUGAACUCCUUGUGGGGGAUCGAAUCGAGAACUCGCCCUACAGGUUUAAGAUGUACACCAAUGAGUCUGAGAUAUUUUUGUGUCAACUGGAAAAGCUCUCUGGUGAUCAGUUCAAGAUUUUGAAGAAGAGGAUUGAUGAGAUGUAUCAGGUUAAUUUGUUACUUGAUAAUUUGCCUGCCAUUAGGUUUACCAAGAAGGAGGACUACUUGUUGAGGUGGACUGGGUACCCUGUUGGUAUCAAGAUUCAGGAUGUGUAUUAUCUGUUCAACCAUCUGAGGUUUAAUGUUCUUGUCCAUAAGUACGAGGAGACCAAUGUGGCACGUGUUAUGGGGACCGGUGAUGCGGCUGAAUUGAUCCCCACCAUUGGUAAGGAGGGAUCUGACAAGCCUGGUUACAUGGUUGUUGGGUUUGAGGUCAUACCUUGUAGUAUUCUGCACAAUGCUGAUUCGGUUAAAGGGAUGAAAAUGUAUAACAAAUACCCCUCACCGAUCAAAUGUGAUCCCUCCACAGUGGCCAUGCCAAUCAGGGAGGGGCAGCCGGUUACAUUUACAUAUGAGGUCACCUUUGAGGAGAGUGAUAUCAAGUGGCCUUCUAGAUGGGAUGCCUACUUGAAAAUGGAGGGUGCCAAAGUUCACUGGUUCUCGAUCCUGAAUUCACUUAUGGUGAUCACUUUUCUUGCUGGUAUUGUUCUUGUUAUCUUCCUGAGGACUGUUAGGAGGGAUCUGACCCGAUAUGAGGAGCUUGAUAAGGAGGCACAGGCACAGAUGAACGAGGAGUUAUCUGGCUGGAAGCUUGUUGUGGGAGAUGUUUUCCGCGCACCAACAAAUUCUGCUUUGUUGUGUAUAAUGGUUGGGGAUGGAGUUCAGAUUCUGGGGAUGGCUGUUGUGACAAUUCUUUUUGCUGCACUUGGAUUCAUGUCACCAGCAUCUCGCGGAACACUCAUCACAGGUAUGCUGUUUUUCUACAUGAUACUUGGUGUAGCUGCUGGUUAUGUUGCAGUUCGGCUAUGGAGGACGAUUGGCUAUGGUGAUAAAAAGGGAUGGAUUUCAGUGGCAUGGAAGGCUGCUUGUUUCUUCCCCGGUAUUGCCUUUUUUAUCCUGACAACCUUAAACUUCCUAUUAUGGGGAAGCCACAGCACAGGAGCCAUUCCAUUUUCACUGUUUGUUAUUCUGAUUUUGCUCUGGUUCUGCAUUUCUGUUCCCCUUACUCUUAUCGGUGGCCUCUUUGGAGCAAGGGCACCUCACGCUGAGUAUCCAGUUCGAACCAAUCAAAUCCCUCGAGAAAUUCCCAAGCAGAAAUACCCAUCAUGGCUCAUGGUUCUCGGCGCCGGCACCCUUCCAUUCGGUACCUUGUUCAUCGAGCUCUUCUUCAUCAUGUCCAGUAUUUGGAUGGGUCGUGUUUACUAUGUGUUUGGAUUUCUCUUAAUUGUUUUGAUUCUUCUUGUGGUGGUGUGUGCCGAGGUAUCUCUAGUUCUAACUUACAUGCACCUGUGUGUGGAGGACUGGAGAUGGUGGUGGAAAUCAUUCUUUGCCUCUGGUUCUGUUGCCAUAUACAUCUUUUUGUACUCCAUAAACUACCUUGUAUUUGACCUCAAGAAUCUCAAUGGGCCUGUUUCUGCAACUCUUUACUUGGGAUAUUCCUUAUUCAUGGUUCUUGCAAUCAUGUUGGCUACAGGCACAGUUGGAUUCCUUUCCUCGUUCUGGUUCGUCUAUUACUUGUUCUCUUCAGUCAAGUUGGAUUGAAGACUCUUCACAGUAAAAAAAUGAGCUCUACCAAACAACAGUUUUAAACAGGAAGGACCUUCUCAAAUGUUCAGUUUUAUGUUACUUUAUUUCUGUUUGUUUUACUAGGGAACAUAGCAAAUUUCAUAACAAUAAUUUUACCCAGUUUUGCUUUAUUCGUUGUUAGAUAUAAUAUCAUUGUAUGAUAAAUUGGAAUUCUGAAGUUUAUACACUGUACUUGGCCUUGCAGUUGAGGAAUUUAAUUCUGAUACGGAUCA